AUGCACGAGUACCGGCUGACAGAGGAUUUGUCUGUAGCUGGACUGGCUGGUACAGACGUGGCACAUGCUACAGCUGCAGAAAGGGAUGCAGCAGGUGGCGCUGUCAACAGCAGCAGAGACGAUGAGGCGACCAACCCAGACACCAGAGGUCUGGAAGCUAAGGGUGCCUCAGGUGGUGCUGCUGGUGGUGUUUUAGCCAGCAGCAGCAACAGCAGCCCCAAGGACAGCACUUCAGAACGUCAAACUGGCACUGCUCAAAAGAUCAACCUGGCGUCGUGGGUGGUCGUGAGAGUGCUCAAGCGAAGCUCCCUGACGGCUGAGGAGCAAGCGACAGUGACGCAACAGGUGAUGGCAGCUCAACAUGCAAUGGUAGCACAGCAGAGGAUGGCAGAACAGCAGCAACUGGGUGGGCCUCCUCUACAAGGUGUGAAGCCGCCGCUCUUAGUGCACCCGCAAGGGAGCGGAGCAGAGCAGCAGGCAGUUGUCACAGGUGGUAUGGGAGGAAGCAACGUGGCAGUGGCUCAUGCAGAGAAUUCAAAGCCACCUGCCAGCAGGGACGGAGACUCUCUUAUUCAGGUCGAAGCAGAGGCAGAGCCUUCUGGGCUAUGGGAGGUGAUGCAGCAGGGGAUGCGCACUGGGGAGGAUCAGAUGGUAGUUCCAGAAGGAAUGACAGUACCAGAAAGAAUGACAAUACCACCUACACCAGGUGCCACCGUGCUGACACCAGCCAAUCCCCUCCUUCCGCUCCCCCCCACCCACAACCACAUCCAGCUUCUCUCUCUGCCACUCACGAGAGCACCACCAAACCAACAAGCUGGUUUCAUGGUUACCUCUCAGCAACAGCAAGGCCACAGUGCACCACAGCAGGGCGGUUACCAGCAGGCGAUCGCAGCCCCUUUUUCCUCCUGGUCUGCUCCUCCACACCCCUUCCGUCCUGCCCCUUCUGCUUCCAUGUCUGCAUCCUCAUCUGGUGAAUCUCACCCCCGUACAAUGGCUAGUGUUGCUGCUGCUGCUGGUGCUAGUACUAACCCAGUUGGUACUGCUGAUUCAGCUGAGACAGGGGAUACAGCAGCAGGCCAAAAGAACCAACAGGAGGAGAUGCAGCAGCUGGCAAAUCUUCUCCAAUCCAUUUUAGGAAAUCCAGUAGCCAGUACCACUGCUGCCUCUACCGAACCUGCCACUACAACUCGCACCAGUGCAAAUCCUGUUGCUUCUUUGACUGAGGCUGCUACGGCUCCUGCCCCUGCCUUUGCUUCAAGUUCUGGUGUGGUUCCCGUAGCCUCUGCCAUUCAAAGAAUGGCUGCAGCUCUCAAUAUGGCUUCAAGUGGGCUCUUGAACAGCACAGCAGCGCGUUCGGUUGCAGCACCCUCAAAUUCUGCUGUAGCACCCCAAUAUUCGGUUGCAGGAGCCCAGCAGGGGAAAAGACACAAGGGGCAGCACAUAGUGAAUGUUGGGUACCCAGAACAGCAGCAGCAGCAGCAGCAGCAUGACCAAUAUUCCCUGCAUGAAAUGCUUCAGCAGCACAUGUCUCAGCAGCAGGAACUCAGUCCCGGCCCCCAGCGUCCCAGAAGCGCUUCCUGCCCAGCUGUCCCUCUGCAAGGUGCCAAUCAGUAUGUAACGCCCUUUCGCUCCACCCACAGCUACAACCAUCCUGGGUCAUUGCAAGGGGCGAUGCGUGGGCAGGGUGAGCAAGGGAGGACAGAAAUAGAAACCCAGAGCAACUCGCUCCUCCAUACCAGUGCGUGGGGGAGAGGUGGAACGGAGAUGGCUGGAAGGGGGAAGGAGGGAGAGGGGAGGGGUGGAGGGGACAGUGGGGAUGGUGGCUUGGAAGCGAUUAUCCGCCAUGUCAGCUGGUAUGGAGGAGCAGGAGGCUCUGGAAUGGAUCACAGAGAAGCAAACUUGCCAGGAGGGGUGGGAGUUGCAACAGCAGGGGUAGCAGGAGCCGGUGCAGGGGUGGCGGAAGUUGCUGUGGGUGCUGCAGCAACAGGAGGGGUGGAGAGAGCAGGAGUGGAGACAGCAGGGAUGGGAGAUGCAGCAGAAGGGGUUGGAGAUGCAGCAUCAGGGGCAGCCGCGGCAGCUGGGAGAGCGGCGGCAGCAAGAGGAGGCGGGGAUCUGAUGGCUCCGGUGGAUGGGUUGGGGAUAGCAGACCUAGAGGCGCUUCUAAUGGAUGCGGAGGGAGAACUGGGCUCGUUCAGCAGCAUGGUCAGUGGGCUCAGCCCGCAUCCAUUUAGCAGCAUGGUUGGCAGCGCUCAGUCACUGCCCGAAUCAUUCUUCCCAUCACCAGCGGGCUAA